AUGCUUUACUCCACGAAGCGCAAGCUACACAACCUCAUAAAUGGCCCACCACCUGCCGCCCCUCCUGCACCUCCGGUAGAAACACCGAGCAUACCACCUCCGGAAUCCCCCUCGGACCUCGCAGACGCGCACAAAAAGCGCAAGAUCGGGCUCCCGAGCCGUUCCCGCCCGAGCAUCCGCGCCGUCAGCCCCGGGGGAUCCGUAAAGAGCACGGUAUCAGCUAGCUCAGCGCUCGUGGGCUCGCCUCUUAAGAACAGCCACACCCAUAGCAACCUUAACGAGCCAUUGCAGACUCCUGCGUAUGCGCCAUGGGACAGAGCGGCAUUCCUGGAGCGCCUGAGGAGCUAUAGCGUGGAUAAAUGGAGUGCGAAACCAGCUCUUGUCAAUGAGGUCGUAUGGGCAAAGAGAGGAUGGGUCUGCACGGAGAAGAAUAGGGUCAGGUGCACGGUGUGCAAGAAGGAAAUGGUAGUCAAGCUCGAGGUGGACGAAGAGGUAGAUCCUGAUACGGCUAGAGCAAUUGUCGAACGUUACGGAACCAUGAUCAUCAGCGAACACGAAGACUCCUGUCUGUGGAAGAAGCGCGGCUGUGACGAAACAAUCUAUCGCCUUCAGCUUGCCAACCCUACUGUCUCCCGCCCUGCAUUCACGGAACGAUAUACCUCGCUCCUCCGAGUGCGCAAUGAGAUCCCCCCAUCACUAUCGCACCCUGAGCUCGAUAUCUGCUCGAUCAAACACUCUUCCGAGGACACGGAUAACGGGCCGAUCUUUGAGUCGGCGGUUAUACUAGCGCUCUUUGGAUGGCAGAACGAAGACCCGGGGAUCCCAAGCUUGGUUACUUGUUCAGCGUGCUUUAGACGAUUGGGGCUGUGGCUGUUCAGGAAGAAGGCCAAGGCGGACGAUAUCAUGGACGUGGACUCCGAUGAUGGGGAGGAGGAAGCAAGUGUUAGCAGACUGGAUGUGAUUGGAGAGCAUCGUGAGUACUGCCCAUGGAUCAAUGCCACCUCUCAAGGGAAGGAAGAAGGCUGGAAAAUGCUCCUGCAAGUCUUGCAACAAAAUCCCAAGCCUGCAUCAAGCGCGCUUAGCACUUAUAGUACCGUCAGUUCUCCACCACAAGAAAGAGAGGAGAGGUCUGCAACCCCCGCAGAAAGAGACGCGGAGGACGAUAGCAAGCUUAAAAAGCUACAGAGGUUGAAGUCGUUGUACUUUGGUAAGGGCAAGAAGAAGCCAAAGACCAAGGAUAUGUUUGUUGGGAAGGAGCGAGAUGACGCCGAGAAAUCAUGA